CACCUAUAAAUCUGGAAAUUUAGAUUAAAAAAAACGAUAAACUGUAAUCGCUGGUUUCUCUCUCAAAAAGAGCUGCUCUGUCUUUCUCUCUCUACUCGUCAAUUGUGAAUCAGAACUGUUAGUGACCUUUGUCUUCCAAAAGCUGAUAAAGUCCAGGCAUACAAUUCUCCUCAACGACCUGAGUAAUUGCCCAAAACCCUAAUUAAUACGGUUGAUCUGAAGAUAUUUCUGGUGGAAUUCAUUGAUAAUUUAAGAAAUCUCUAACGUGAUUGGUUGCUCGAUCUAUUUACCUUUUUAUUGCGAUUUGGAUGGUUUUCUGGCAUGCGAUUUUGCAGUUAGAUGUCAUGAUCUUCAACCGAUUAACAAAGACACUGGAAUUUCCAUAAGCAUUGGAAAUUAGCUGUUUUACAGUUGAAUUUCCAGCAGCUUUUAUGUUAUGAUAGGUUACUGGUUUCGUAAUUGGUGGAAAUUUAAGGCGGAACUUUGAGUUGGUUGCAGAAUCUAGAUAUGAGAAAUCCUUUGUUGAAUAAGCUUUCCAUAUUUUCUGGCACUAGACCACCGUUAAACUGGCUACUCUUGUGUCUUGUUAGUGUUUUUGUGCUUAUUGCUUUGUUAGGUUCAUCUUCUUCUGGUGCUUUUGACUCUGUCACCACUAGUGUAAAACCAGAAGUUUAUACAAACUAUAGAAGAUUAAAGGAACAAGAAACAAGCGGAUUUUUUGAGUUAAAGAGCUUUGCAUCUGAAAAUAAUGAUCUGAAAGAGAUUAGGUUAUGUGGAAGGGAAAGAGAAGACUAUGUUCCUUGCUAUAAUGUGUCUGCAAAUCUGUUAGCUGGAUUUAAAGAUGGAGAAGAGUUUGAUAGGCAUUGUGAAGUGUCACAAGAUCAACCAUACUGUUUGGUUCGUCCUCCACGAGACUAUAAAAGUCCCUUGAGUUGGCCAGUUGGUAGAGACGUGAUAUGGAAUGCAAAUGUGAAGAUAACCAAAGAUCAAUUUCUUUCUUCUGGAAGCAUGACAAAAAGGUUAAUGCUGCUUGAAGAGAACCAAAUUUCUUUUCACUCAGAUGAUGGAUUGUUAUUUGAUGGUGUCAAAGAUCAUUCGAGACAAGUUGCAGAGAUGAUAGGAUUAGGAAGUGAUGUGGAAUUUCAUCAAGCUGGUGUGCGAACAGUGCUUGAUAUUGGUUGUGGUUUUGGAAGCUUUGGGGCUCAUUUGCUCUCAUUAAAACUAAUGGCUGUAUGUAUGGCUGCAUAUGAGUUAACUGGUAGUCAAGUUCAGUUAUCUCUUGAAAGAGGUCUUCCUGCAAUUAUUGGCAACUUCAUUUCAAGAAAACUUCCAUUUCCAUCUUUGUCAUAUGACAUGAUCCACUGUGCACAAUGUGGUGUUCUAUGGGACAAGAAAGAUGGAAUGUUUCUUAUUGAAGCUGAUCGGAUACUAAAACCUGGAGGAUACUUUGUAUUACAUAGAACUUCAUUAAAUAUGGAAAAAGGAAGCCCAAUUGAAGAGUUCACACAAAAAAUCUGUUGGACAUUAAUUGGUCAGCAAGAAGAAACUUUCAUCUGGCAGAAAACUAGCGAUCCCCAAUGCUACUCAUCUAACACACAUGGCGCCAUUCCUGUUUGCAACGAAGAACAGGAAGAUUUUGAUAUUCAACCGUAUUAUCAGCCACUUGAAUCUUGCGUAACAGGGGCAUCCAGCAAACGGUGGAUUCCCAUCCAGAACAGAUCUACAAAUUCCCAAAUUACCCCUGAUGAGCUUCAAAUUCAUGGAGAGUAUUUUUCUUAA